UCAGAAGCGACAAUGCAAGAUUCAUUAGUGCGCUGUGGUCUCAAGUAUCUGAAAUAUCAACAACUGUUUGGAUACCGCGGAAAGCACGUGUAGUAUCACCUGGCUCGUUCGUCUAUCUAGAUGCAGUUUAGCACGCUGUUGCAUAGAUUAUAAGCCGCAUGAGUGGAUAAUCGAGUUUGCAUCAAUCUAACAGUGGAAGAAAACAAACAAGUUUAGUGAGUCGGCACUGAUAAAUCGAAUGUCCACCCCUAUUGGAAAUUGUUGAUAUAGAAGUUGAGUGUUAGUGUCUGAGCGGCGUACACACAGUGGAGUCAUCCAAAGCCGAUUUCUGUGGUUAUCUCGUCGUGCCCUCAAACACAUAGCUUCUGUCUAGCUUGCUUGCUGUAAGCAAACUUAACCAAAAUAUUUACUUUCACGCUCACAUCAGUUUUUCAAAAUUACCAUAAAUAUUUGCCUACCUUGAUCUAUGAUCAAUUUUAAAUCGGGAUGCAAAGGAUUGGCGAUUCUUAAUGACAACUGUUAUUUUAAUGUGCGUUCCUAUAAGUGACAACAACACCCAUUAUAUCGCAUAAUUCAAUCUCUUUGCUAUCAUUUUGUAUCCUGAUUCGGGCUUGGUCUUAGAACGUUUCAUCUAAAUUCCUGACUUAAACUGGUGCUUUCCUUCAUAUUACAAGUGCUCAUAGUACGUAGUUUACAAGUGCUUCAUAUUCCGUAUGACGCACCGUAGUAUAGACAACAUUCGCGCCAGCUGGUGCAUAUAUGUGUGUUGAAUCAAUUAGUGGCUUCUUCCAGUGGAUUGUGUCAAUUUGAUCUUCAGAAUAUGCUAAACUUCCUCAGAAUCGUAGCUCCAGCACUUGGCGUCUGGUUGAUUCUAUUUUGCUCUAGUGACUAUGCAAAUGGAACCUUGUAUGAGGGUAGUAACUGUAGAAUGAAGAAUGGAACACGCGGAGUAUGCUCUAAGAUUCCUGCCUGCAAAAUAAUUGAUGAUGCCUUAAGGAGGAGGACACUUCCGUUGAGGAAUCUAGAGAGGUGUGGGUUUGUCGGCAACGACGCAAUCAUUUGCUGCCCUGGUAAUCAAAAUGGUAUAAAUACAACCGAGGACACUUUUGUUUUUCCUGAAGGCAGCAAUGAGUUAUUUAUUUCUCCAGUUCCAAGAGAUUCAGUUCCUGCUCGGCCUUCACCACGAACUCGAGUUGGCGGACGAAAAGCGGAUAGAGUUUGCGCACAAUAUGAGGACGAUUUCACCAGAAUCCCUGAGUUUGAAAUUUUAGGCGGAACAGGGGUGGACCUCCAGGAAUUUCCGCACAUGGCUGCCCUUGGAUAUCUCGGGGAAGCUGGUGGUGAAAGCGCAUAUGAGUUUAGAUGCGGAGGAUCCCUGAUUUCUGAACGAUAUGUUCUUUCAGCCGCUCAUUGCUUUACUCGUGGAUGGCCUUCGAUAGUUCGUCUUGGAACUAUUUCUGUUGUUGAAACUUCAUAUGAUAUGCGUGAUGUUGGAGUAGAGGAUAUAAUUUUUUAUCCUCAAUACAAUUCAUCACAAAAAUAUCAUGAUAUUGCAUUGAUUCGCCUAAACGCGACACUACGUUUUGAUUCCCGGAUAAUCUUUCCAGCAUGUUUGAGUACAGACACCUUGGGUACGGACGACGAAAUUCUUGUUACAGCCACAGGCUGGGGAUCUAUCUCAACGAAAACUUGGAAAAAAUCAAAUUCGCUCCUUAAGGUCAACCUGACAACAGUGACUUUUGACAGAUGUAGAAAAGAAUAUGAAGACAUCCCAAAAUUACGAAGUCUUCCUAACGGUUUGAAUACCGGACAAAUGUGUGCAUUUGACAAAACACAAACAAAAGAUACAUGUGAAGGAGACUCCGGUGGUCCUAUACAAGUCAAGUUAGAAUCAGGAGUUUCCAGAGUCCUGGGUGUUACUUCGUUUGGAGUUUUAUGUGCAUCUCCAAUUCCAUCAGUUUACGCGCGAGUUGCUUUUUACGUAGGAUGGAUAGAAAGCAUAGUUUGGCCUGGUGCUGUUGUACAUAUAUGUGUGUUGAAUCGAUUGGUGGCUUCUUCCAGUGGAUUGUGUCAACCUGAUCUUCAGAAUAUGCUGACCUUCGUCAGAUUCGUCGCUUCAGCAAUCGGCGUCUGGUUAAUUCUAUUUUGUUCUAGUGACUUUGCAAAUGGAGCCUUGUACGAGGGUAGCAGCUGUCGAAUGAAAGAUGGCACUCCUGGAAUAUGCUCUAGGAUUCCUGCCUGCAAAGUAAUUGAUGAAGCCUUGAUGAAAAGGAAGUUUCCGCUACAGAAUCUAGUGAGAUGCACAUUUAUCGGUAAUGACGAAGUUAUUUGCUGCCCUAGCGACGCAAACGUGACAACUACAACUCAAGACACUUUCAUUUUAAAGCCAGCUGAGUCUACUAGAGAGAGUGUGGUAUCUGUUCCUCUUAACUCCGCUUCAAACAUACCUUCGUCUACAUUGAAUCUAGAAAAAGAGGUUACGGUGGGGAAUAUUCACAUUACUAACGACGCUGAAUUUAUAGAUUUAACAAAAGUCGUCGGAAAAAGCCCUGUGUCUUUCGACCCAGCCGUGAUAUUUGCAAAUGACAAAAGAACUACAAAGCGUCCAACAGCGUGGAUACGGGAUUUAAAAGUAACCGAUCCUACACCAAAGUGGCUCCCUGCCAACAGACCAUCGAAGUUAACUUCUGUACAACCGGAACCAUCAUUUGAACAAAAUUUCAAUAAUUUUCCUAAUCCGCGAGAAAAUGAUCUUAAACCAAAUCCGCGACUGCCACCUAAUGAACGCAGGAGUCCGUUUUGGAGUGGAUUUAACUGGCGUCAAACCGUUCCGUCAGAACCGUGGAGAGUACAAACUACACCUAGGAGCAGAGGAGCUCCUCCCAUUCAUCUAGCACCACAGCCUUGGAAUCCAUUAGCGAGUCCAUGGGAGAAUGUCAAUGGAGUCAUUACAGUGCCAACUCCUAGCACGCGACGGACAACUACACGGCCAACUAAAACAACCACGCAACGAAGGGAAAACCUAAAUUUCGAUACUGCAAAUACCAUCGUUUUCCCAGAUUCGGACUUAUUUUCUAUAUAUGCCAGGGAAACAACAACAACCACAAAUCGUCCAACCACAACUGCCGUCAAUCCUCUCAAUAAUCCUCUUACUAAUCCAUCAUCUCCAUUUUCUUCAUCGGUCCUAGAUCCAUGGAUGGCUAACGUUUUGCUCGAGGCUUCUCGUUUAUCAACGCCAAGCACAUUAACAUCGACAACAUCAACAACUCCAUCAACAUUCCAAAACUUUCCGGGACCUAAUAAAAGUCCUGAAGACAAUAAUGUGUUAUCUCCUUCUCCAAUUCCAAGGGAUCCAGUUACCGUUCGGCCCUCGCCAGUAAGCCGAGCUGGUGGACGAAAAGCAGAUAAAGUUUGUGCCCAAUAUGUAGACGAAUUCGUCAAAAUUCCUAAAUCUCCCGAGUUUCAAAUUUUGGAUGGAAUACCGGCUGAAUUAGGGGAAUUCCCCCACAUGGCUGCCCUCGGAUACCUUGGAGAAGCGGGAGGUGAAAAUGCUUAUCAGUUUGAUUGUGGAGGAUCCCUGAUUUCGGACCGAUAUGUGCUCACAGCCGCUCACUGCGUUAAUCGUCGAGAAAGAUGGCCUUCAAUAAUUCGAUUAGGGACUAUCUCUGUGGUUGAAACUACGGAUGAAAUGCUUGACGUUGGAAUAGAGGAUAUCAUUUUGCAUCCUGAAUACAAAUCGUCACGAACAUACCAUGACAUUGCGCUGAUUCGCCUGAACACGACACUGCGUUUUGAUACUCGUAUAAUUUAUCCAGCAUGUUUGAAUACAGACGCCAUGGAUACGGAUGACGAGCUUCCAGUUGUAGCCACUGGCUGGGGAUCUACCUCAACUGAAACACGAAAGAAAUCAAAUUUCCUUCUUAAAGUUAACUUGACGACAGUGAGGUUCGAAAGCUGCAGAAAAGAAUAUGAAGAUUAUCCAAAAACACGUCGUCUCCCUGAAGGACUGAAUAACGGACAAAUGUGCGCCUUUGACAAAAACCUUAAAAAAGAUACUUGCGAAGGAGACUCUGGUGGUCCUUUACAGAUUCAGUUAGAAUCAGGACUUUCCAGAGUAUUGGGUAUUACGUCGUUUGGAAUUUUCUGUGCAUCUUCAAUUCCAUCUGUUUACGCGCGAGUCGUUUUCUACUUAGAAUGGUUGGAAAGCAUAGUUUGGCCUGGCAAUGUCUGAUAUACCGAAAAAGAUAAUAGUGAUAUUGUUAUAAUAUUUUGAAGUAAAAUUAUAUAUAUCCUUUGUA